UAACUCCAGAUGGUGAAAUUGAAUUUUAUACGGGUUUCACUUGCAAAGUGUUCCACUCCCACUUCUGCUCCUCUCGCCCACUGUCAGUUCCGGAACCCCACAUUAAUUUCCCUUUUCCAUUAUUUCCCAUCAUAUAAGCUCAAAUUCUGCUUCAAUCAAUCACUUCUCCGAUAGCGAUUAAACGGAAUGUAGACAUAGUAAAUUCGAGAUUGAAAAUUAUUGGAAAUAGCUUGGAUUUUGGUGAAUGAAUGGCGGGUCCUUCAUUGAUGGACUCCAUUUUUCAGCGUUCCUUAGACGAUCUAAUCAAGAGUAUCCGCCUGAGUCCAGCCGGUGGCGAAGCGGCGUUUAUCGCCAAGUCAAUUGAUGAGGUCCGCCUUGAGAUCAAAUCUACCGAUUCACAAACAAAGGCCACAGCCCUCCAGAAGUUAACUUAUUUGCACUCCUUACAUGGAGUUGAUAUGUCUUGGGUCGCUUUCCCCGCUGUCGAGCUUUCUUCCUCCGCCGUGCACUCCCACAAGCGCCUUGCGUUGCUAUCGGCUUCGCUUUCAUUCAGUCCUACAACGGAUGUUAUUCUGCUCUUGAACCACCAGCUGCGCAAGGUCUUUUCGUCCUCCAAUCCUCAUGAUGCCAGUCUUGCUCUAUCAACUCUUUCUUCUAUUUCUACACCGGAUUUGUCUCGUGAUUUGACUCCGGUGUUGUUUACAUUGCUUAGCAGUUCUAAGAAUUUCGUAAAAAAGAAAGCCAUUUCGGCUUUUUUAAGAAUUUUUGAGCAGUACCCGGUGGCUGUUCGUGUUUGUUUUAAACGAAUUGUCGAAAAUCUUGAGAGCAGUGAUAUGGGUGUUUUGUCUGCUACAGUGGGAUUGUUCUGUGAGCUUACUGUAAAGGAACCCAGAUCAUAUUUACCCUUGGCUCCCGAGUUCUAUAAGAUUUUAGUAGAUUCCACGAAUAAUUGGGUUCUAAUUAAGAUUUUAAAGAUUUUUGCCAAGUUGGCCCCAUUAGAGCCGAGGCUGGCAAAGAGAAUAGUGGAGCCAAUUUGUGAGCAUUUGAGAAGAACAGGAGCUAAAUCAUUGGCAUUUGAGUGUGUGAAUACUAUUGUAACUAGUUUGAGUGAGUACGAACCUGCAGUGAAGCUUGCAGUCAUGAAAAUUCAGAAUCUACUAUUGCUACUAUAUGAUCUCUACACAAACACUACUUCGGCUAAAGAAAUCUGGUAUGCAUUAGACAGCAAAUACAAAGCCGAGGAAGAAGACAAUAUACCUUUAUUGCCUCAAGUACAUGAGUUACAAAUAAUUGUGAACAAAUUGAAAGUAGUAAAAAUUGAACUUCCCGAAACUUUCCAAGUGGGAGCAAUUAUUGCUAAACUCCCUGGUUCUUGGAGAGGAUAUAGGAAGAAAAUUCUUCACAAUUCCGAAGAUUUUUCUUUAGAAGACAUACAGAAACAUCUUCGCAUUGAGGAAGAAUCAAGGGCAAGAGAUAAAAUUCUUAUGAUGGCUCUUCGAAAGCCAAUGCCGUGGACAAUGUGGACAACUCCAACAAGUUCAAAAAGAAAGGGAAAUUUCUUGGUCCUAGAAAGGAUCAAGGAAAAUUCAAAAACAAAGCCAAAGGAUCGUGCUAUAUUUGUGGAAAAUCGGGACACUAUACUAAAGAUUGCAGGCAUAGGAAAUAAUAUAAGAAGGAAGGACAAAUUAGCACAUAUAGGAGUUAGUACUAUGAAAAGAAUGAUUAAAUGUGGAUUAAUACAAUGUGAUAUUGAUAACUUAGAAAAAUGUGAAAUAUGUGUUAAAUCAAAAAUGAUUAAGAAGUCAUUUCAUAGCAUAGAAAAAACAACAAAAUUACUUGAACUUGUUCAUUCCGACAUUUGUGAAUUGAAUGGAAUAUUAACUAGAGGCGGUAAUAGAUAUUUUAUUACUUUUAUUGAUGAUUGCUCUAGUAAAGCCUAUAGGUUAUUAAAUCUCAAAUCAAAUGUUAUAAUAGAAUCAAGAGAUGUGGAAUUCUUCGAGAAUGUGAUGGUAGCUAGGAAAUCUGAAAAUAAUAAGGAUAUUCCAACCUUUAAAAGCUCACCAAAAGAGACAUUCAUAAAGGAUGUUGACUUUGAACCUCGAAGAAGCAAAAGAACAAGAAAGGAAAAGAACUUGGGAUCUAAUGAAAUAGAUUCCCAAUUUAUUUCCUUUUACUUAGUAGAAGGAGAUAGGAAAGAUGUUGUAAGAACAAUUCCUUUUGUUCUUCAAGUGGAAAGUGAUCCUAAGACUUAUAAGGAAGCAAUGCAAUCUAGAGAUUAUAUAAUCUGGAAAGAAACUAUAAAUAAUGAAAUGGAUUCUAUUAUUUCAAAUAACACUUGGGAAAUAGUUGACCUACUACAAGCUCCCAAAAAGUGGCAUGAGAAAUUUGACUCUAAAAUAAUGUCAAAUGGAUUUAAUCACAAUUCAGUAGAUAAAUGCCUCUACACAAAAGUGAAUGGUGACGUAAUUACAUUACUGUGUCUAUAUGUUGAUGAUAUGCUAAUCAUUAGUAACAAUAUAGACGGAAUCAAAGAAAUAAAACGAUUUUUGUCAUCUACUUUCAAAAUGAAAGAUCUUGGAGAAGUAGAUACUAUCUUUGGAAUCAAAAAAAUACACGAGUUUUUGUGGGAAAGUGACCCAAAUCUGAAGUACCUCGGUCUACAAGCGCUUACCAUUGUAGCAGUGGAGCAUUCAUGGGUUGUUUUGGAAAACAAAGAGGUUGUAAUUAAGUCGUUGGAUGAUGUUGAUCUAAAUAUUAAGCUUGAGGCCUUGCAGCUUGUAAUGACUAUGGUUUCUGAGGAUAAUGUAGCAGAAAUUUGUAAGUUUUUGAUCAGUUAUGCACUGAAGUCUGACCCAGAGUUUUGUAAUGAGAUUCUAGGGUACAUCUUGUUAACUUGUUCGAGGAAAUUUUACGAAGUGAUAGCUGAUUUUGAUUGGUAUGUUUCACUUCUUGGUGAAAUGUCCAGGAUUCCUCAUUGUCAGAAGGGGGAGGAGAUUGAGACCCAGCUUAUAGAUAUCGGUAUGAGGGUUAGUGUUAGACCGCAGCUUGUUCAUGUUUCUCGUGGUUUGCUGAUUGAUCCUGCUUUGCUAGGAAACCUGUUUAUACAUAAGGUUUUAUCUGCUGCUGCUUGGUUGUCAGGGGAGUAUGUUGAGUUUUCUAGAAAUCCACUUGAGCUCAUGGAGUCACUGUUACAACCAUGGACCUGUCUUCUACCACCACCAAUAAGAGCUGUAUAUAUUCAGUCUGUAUUUGAAGUAUUGACCUUCUUCAUAUAUUCUUUUCUCUCAAGUGGAGAUGAUGCUUCAUAUCCAUCCAAAUUAACAGAUUCAUUCUUGAAAGAGGAUUUUCAGGAAAGUUCUGAAACAGUAACAAGUGCACUCAUUUUCGAUGCUGAUCUAUUAAAUCCAAGGAGUUCACAUCAGCCAACAGGAAAUGAUGAGGAUCUAGUGAUUGCUCAUGAGAAGACAUCACCAGUUUCUUCAAAGAAACAGCAGUUGACACAAAAAUCUGUAAUGGACCUAGUAAAUCUUGUUGAAACUAAUUUGGGCCAGGUAGCAGGAAGUCAUGAGGUAGAAAUUCAGGAGAGGGCAAAUAAUGUCCUUGGUAUGAUUGAGUUGAUAAAACUGUGGAUACAUUAUUCCAUGGAUGAGAGUGAAGGAGACAAAAUUAAGAGAGAACUUAGAGCUUCUAACAUGAUGAAGCUGACAUUCGAUGCAUUUUCAGAGGAGCUUAAAACUAAGGAGCAACACCGUGACCACCUCAAACAAGUUUGCUCUACCCUUCGCAAGACUAACUUGUAUGCUAAUGUCAAGAAAUGUUCCUUUUUCACCGAUAGCGUAGUUUUUCUGGGGUUCAUUGUCUCGUCGACAGGGGUGUCUGCUGACCUUACUAAGAUUCAGGCGAUACUUGACUGGCCUGAGCCUAAGGCCAUUCAUGAUGUUAGGAGCUUUCACGGCUUAGCUACGUUUUACCGCCGUUUUAUUAAAGGGUUUAGCACUAUUAUGGCGCCUAUCACGGAGUGCAUGAAGAAAGGGGAGUUUCAUUGGACACGCGGGGCGGCGAAGGCCUUUAAGUUAAUCAAGGAGCGAAUGACAGAAGCUCCUGUCAUGCGUCUUCCCGAUUUUUCCAAAGUCUUUGAAGUUGAAUGUGACGCUUCUGGGGCCUAUUCGUUCGUUUUAAAACACAAGAAGGGCGUGGAGAACCAAGCAGCUGACGCGUUAAGGCCUCGUGUCUCCCUUUUGUCGAUCAUGAGUGUCAAAGUCAUUGGUUUUGAAAGGCUUAAGGAGGAUUACGAGGCAUGCCCAGAUUUUAAGGAUAUCUUUCUCGAUUUGCAAGGAGGACAAUCAAACAGCACAGAUGGCUUUCGACUUGAGAAGGGUUAUCUUUUCCGAGCCAAUAAAUUGUGCAUCCCUCGAACUUCAGUACGAGAUUUUAUAGUGUGGGAAGUUCACGCGGGAGGGUUAGCCGGUCACUUUGGGCGUGAUAAGACCAUUGAGGAGGUUGAACGCCAAUUCUAUUGGCCUAGUUUAAAGAGAGAUGUGACUAAAAUUGUUAGUACAUGUAACACUUGUCAAUUGGCCAAACAGAAGAAGCAGAACACCGGCCUAUACACUCCUCUCCCCGUCCCCAAUUGUCCUUGGCAAGACGUUAGUAUGGAUUUUGUGCUAGGACUGCCACGCACCCCAAAGAAGCAUGAUUCUAUUUUCGUGGUUGUCGAUCGUUUCUCGAAAAUGGCUCACUUUAUCCCCUGUAGCAAAACAUCGGAUGCGUCCAAGGUUGCCAUGUUAUUCUUUAAUGAGAUUGUCAAACUGGAGACACUACAGCAUUUGGAUCCAGAUUUGCUAGAGCUUUAUCGGAGUCAGCAGGAUCUUCCUUGGCCCAGAUCGCCUCCCGUCCACCCGAGGGGAGAAGAAGCUUGCCCAGCCACUCAGCUUAUGGUUGGGAGAUUGACAGAUGCCUAUGGUGAUAUAGCCACUCGACAGGGUCGACUGGGUCCAGUUUCAGUUAGUGCCCCGGAGAGGGUACCAAUACCUGAUGGGUUGGUGCUCAAGGAAAGUCUUAGUGACAUUGAAGCAAUCUGUAAUGAUAUCAGGUUAACUGUAUCAAGUUCAUUUUCCCUUGUAAGAUCUCAUACUGUGACUAAUGGAACUACAAUUCCUGAACACCCGAGUAAAGAGGAAUAUGAACCAUCGUCUGAGUCUACAUCUCUGCUUGCUGAGCAUCGCAAGCGGCAUGAACUAUAUUAUCUUCCUUCAGAGAAUAAAGAAAUGAUAGCCAAUGAUUAUCCACAUGCUCACAAACACAAUGAUCAGGCUAUUGAUGAGGGUGACGAUCUUGUUAAGCUUACAAAGGAAUCGCUUGAUCUUAGGAAGAAGCGAAACCGAGCAAAGCCUAGGCCUGUGGUUGUAAAAUUGGAUGAUGGGGAAGGAGCACAUAUUGCUGCUAAGAAACCUGAGUUAAAUGAUGAUCUGAUUUAGGGUGCUGUACGGGAAGUGCUUUUAGGCAAUGAAGCUGCAUCAUCAUCAAACAAAGCAAGUAAGAAAAGGGAGAAGAAUGAGAUAAGUAUUGACAGAUCUUCUGAAUCAAACAUGACUGUGACAAACACUGUUGCAUCUGAGCCUGGAAAUGCAAGUUCAAGAAGAAAUAAUCACCAUAGUGAUGCUAAAGAGAAGAAACGUCCAAGUUCAAGAAAUGAGAAGAAAGAACAUAAUCAUAAAGACAAGCGGAAGAACGACCAUAGACUUGGUAAGCACAAAUCAAGUCAGAGAGUUGAUGGGACAUUGAAUGUCGUAGCACAAUCACCAGUCAUCCCAGAUUUUCUUUUAUAGCAUUGACAUUUUUGAGACCUUUGGAAGAUGGAGUAAUAUUCCACCAUGUUUCACCUCUUUCAGUGUCAAGGUAACUUCUCGUGUAUAUAAAGAUUGACUUUCCCACCCCAUUACCAUAAUUUGGCUAUUAUAAAGCUGAUAGAGAAUAUUUUAUUUCUCUUUUCUAACAUCAUGAGCAAUCAGUGGAUAAGCAUUUAUGGGAUUUUAUCUUUCUGGUGUUUGUGAGAUGGGAAGUAUCUUCAGUUAUGAUUAUUUAUUUUUUUUGUCCAUUUUUAUUUUUUAUAUUUGUUCCAUGUACAGUGGUUGAAGU